UGGUUUUGUGUGGCGCGCACCUCCCCUCUCCGCAACAGCGAGGAGCCUCCUCUCGCUUUUACAGAGCCUGCUUGCAAUUCCUGCUCUUCAUGCCAGAGCCUGCAGCUGUCUCUGUUGCGUCCCACUAUCGCCGCCGCCGUUGUGUGUAUGUGUGUGUAGGGGGGAACCCGUCGACCCUGCAUGACGAACCGACGCCAGACUUUGUCAACGCAAACCCGAAGGAUAUCGCAACUUUUUAAACAAUUUCCAACACUGUUAGGAGACUGAAUUAAGACACCUGACAGCUCGUAACGCCUCAUCCGCGUGUUGACUGAAAGCUUUGCAACUGUGAAGGCUAUAGGAAUGUGGAAUACAAGUCAGUAUCAACGAAAAACGACCUGCCUCUGCCCCUGACACCAUGACCACAGACUUGAACUUGACCUCUCUGCUCAACAUCACAGAUCUCCACAACCACACAAGAGGAUGUUCCCUCACCAAGACAGGCUUCCAGUUCUACUACCUGCCCACCGUCUACAUCAUGGUCUUCAUCACAGGGCUGGUGGGCAACAGCCUGGCCAUCUGGAUGUUCGUGUGCCACAUGAGACCCUGGAGCAGCAUCUCGGUCUACAUGUUCAACCUGGCUCUGGCUGACUUCUGUUACGUCCUCUCCCUGCCCUUCCUCAUCUUCUACUACUUCAACAAAACGGACUGGAUAUUCGGGGAUGUUCUGUGCCGACUGCAGCGUUUCAUAUUCCAUGUGAAUCUCUACGGGAGUAUUCUGUUUCUGACCUGCAUCAGUGUUCACAGGUACACCGGGGUGGUGCACCCGCUCAAGUCUCUGGGUCGACUGAAGAAGAAAAAUGCAGUUAUUACCAGCAUGUUGGUGUGGGUGGUGGUCGUUAUAGGCAUCUCCCCCAUCCUUUAUUAUUCCAGGACCGGCUUGAAGCGUAAUGCAACCAUUUGUUACGACACCACUACUGAGGAUGAGUUACCAGGUUAUUUCAUCUACAGCAUGACUUUGACUGUGUUUGGGUUCUGCAUCCCUUUUAUUAUCAUAUUUUGUUGCUAUGGCAUGAUCGUCAAAGCGUUGAUCUACAACGACAUGAACAACGCGCCCCUGAGGCAGAAAUCCAUCCACCUGGUCAUCAUCGUGCUCGCGGUCUUCGCCGUCUCCUACCUGCCCUUCCACGUCAUGAAGAACCUCAACAUGAGGGCCAGGCUGUACUUCCAGAGCCCCGACAUGUGCGAGUUCAACAACCGCGUCUACGCCACCUACCAGGUGACACGGGGGCUGGCCAGUCUAAACAGCUGUGUGGAUCCUAUCCUUUAUUUCCUGGCCGGAGAUACCUUCAGGAGGAAGUUGUCAAAGGCCACCAAGAAGCCGUCCAGGAAGGGGGACAAUGUCCUUCAGUCCAAGAGUGAGGAGACGGCACUCAACAGCCUGGCUGAGUAUGUGGAGAAUGGGGACCGGAGGCUGUGACAGGGCACGUCUGUGUGACCUAGUACUGGGUGUGGAUCUCUAUGAGUUUUAGAAACCACAGUGGACUUGGUACUGAAUAACUGAAUGCACUGUUUGGACUGAAGGCUGUACGUCGAAUUUUUGUAGACGAUGGUUUAUAGAACUGUAGGAUGAAUACUCCAUUUAACCCUGUGAUAACCAUCGCUUGCUUGCAGCCUGUCGAUGUUGAUAAGCUAUUGUACUGUAUUGUCCUGUACAUGUACUGUACUCUAAAUGUUAGAGCCAUCACUCUUCAUUCUUAUUAGUAGUUAGUGUUGCUUACUCUUCGGACAAAAUGAACAUUAUGAUCAGGCCAGCUCGGGAAAUAGGUACCCUCACAGGUAACAAUGCCCUGUUCAUCAAUUUGUUCUGGAAAAAUUGGACUGAGAACGGAUUGCACCUUCUCUAGCCGCCGCCGAGCUGAUGCUUAAUCAAUACCUAUUAAGCAGGUGGGAGCUUGUGGUUAAGGAAGUGUACCAGGGAUGGCUUUUAGAGGGGAAAAAAGUAAAUGCACUGAACCUGAGAUUGCUGCAUGGAUGUGCCAUGCAGACAUUGUAAUGCACUAUGACCGGGGACUCUCUGCUCAGAGUGCCGCCUAUCACUCCUCAUUUCUUUCUCCAUCUAUUACUGACUGGGUGAGGAAUGUGGUCGAUUAGUUUUUUAUUUUGACAGCUCUCUGAGGUUAAGUUCUGCAACGGCUCUGUUACCACAAUCUUUCUCUCCUUGUUAACCUGUUCCCUACAGAAAAAUGAAUUAUACGUAACAGUAUUUUUGUGUAUACGAUACUACAGUGAAUGUUUUUUAGGUGUACUGUACAGGAUGUUGUGACGUUCCAGAUGAGCUUGUGUUGUUAACUAUUUUGUUCAAGUCAGUAUCACUAAUCCAGACCUUUAGUGCAUGAGUCCAGUAUCAAAUCUAAUCCGUGAAACAGCAACUAACCACAGCAGGUUCUAACUACUCUUAGGGAAUAAUAGGUUAUAACUGAACAGAACAGACACGCACACUCAAUCACCUGCUUUGUGACUCCAUCAAUAUUGAAGACUAUUUUUUGUAUGAGAUACCUCAAAGUAAAUACUGCACUGUGUUUGUGUUUUGGCAGAUAAUCACUGUUCAUUAUUGUUUUGUAUUUGUUGUAGUCAUUUUGGAGAAAUGAUUGUGGAGCUCUUUCAGUAUAUAUUUCACCCUGGACAACAUAGAUGUUUGAUGUUGCUACUAAUACAUUUGUAAAUCUGUAAUAAUGUGGUCAGCUAUUGCAGAGAAAGGAAGUGAAUCACCUGUACAGGAUAUUUGGGGCCACAUAUAUCUUUGUCAAUAAAUUUUUAUAUUUAAAACAA